AAAAAGAUGGGAGAGGUAGAAGAUGAAAACAGAGCAGCAGCUAAAGAAGAAGAGACGAAUCACAAAAACUAUCUUCCCUAUUACAAACUAUUUAGUUUAGCAGACUCCAUUGAUAUAACCCUGAUGAUCCUCGGCUCAGCCGGAGCCAUCGCCAACGGAGCCGUCAUGCCUCUCUGCAUGCUUCUCGGAGGAAGAAUCACUGAUUCUUAUGGAGCCGGCGACGUCUCCGCUCUUCUUCACGCAGUCUCCACUCUGACUCUGCAAAUGUUCUUUCUGGCGCUGGGAUCGGGGCUGGUGUCCUUUUUCCAGGUGAGCUGCUGGAUGGUCGCUGGGGAGAGACAAGCAGCAAAAAUAAGGAGUUCAUACUUUAAAGCCCUUUUAAAACAAGAAAUUGCAUUCUUUGAUUUGGAAAUAAACUCGGGAGAAGUGGUCGGGAGAAUGUCGGGAGACAUCAUCCUCAUUCAAGAAGCCAUGGGCGAGCAGGUUGGAAAGUUCAUCAAUCUAAUAUCAACAUUCAUUAUUUCCUUCGCCAUCUCAUUUGCCAGAGGUUGGCUACUCACAUUGAUCAUGCUGUCUACAAUUCCUCCUAUGGCUGUUUGUGGCGCCGUAUUGUCAAUUGUUCUAUCCAAAAUGUCCUCGAAUGAACAAAAAUCAUAUGCCAAAGCUUCAGAAAUUGUGGAACAAACCAUAGGCUCAAUUAGAACAGUGGCAGCUUAUACAGGGGAGAAUAUUGCAGUGCAGAAGUAUAAGAAGGCAUUAAAUGGUGCCUAUAUUUCUUGUAUUUAUGAGGGGUUGGCUUCUGGUUUUGGUGCCGGGCUUGUAUUUUUCCUUAACUACAGCAGCUAUGCUUUUGGAAUGUGGAACAGCUCAAAUCUGAUAUUAAAUAGAGGAUACACAGGUGGAGUUAUCCUUUCUGUUAUCUUCACAGUUCUGAUUGGUGCUUUAGCUUUAGGUCAGGCAUUUCCAUGCUUGGCAGCAUUUUCAAAUGGCCGAGCGGCUGCAAAAAGAAUUUUCGAUACGAUCAACAGAAAGUCAAACAUCGACCCGUAUGACACGACGGGUAAACAAUUGGAUGACAUUAAUGGUGACAUCGAAUUCAAAGAAGUUUACUUCAGCUAUCCAACCAGACCUGAAGAACAAAUAUUUCAAGGGUUCUCUCUUUUUAUUCGUGGCGGCACCACUAUGGCAUUGGUUGGGGAGAGCGGGAGCGGGAAGUCGACGAUAAUAAGUUUGAUCGAAAGGUUUUACGACUCACAGGCCGGCGAAAUCCUCAUUGAUGGAAUAAACAUAAAGCACUUCCAGAUUAGAUGGCUAAGGGGAAAAAUUGGAAUGGUGAGCCAAGAGCCAAUCCUUUUUACCUCAAGCAUUGGAGAAAAUAUCUCAUAUGGGAAGGAUAAUGCAACAAUAGAAGAGAUCAGAGCGGCUGCCAACCUAGCUAAUGCUUCAAGGUUCAUUGACAUGAUGCCUCAGGGGCUAGAUACCAUGGUUGGUGAGCAUGGGUCUCAACUAUCUGGCGGACAGAAGCAAAGAAUAGCACUUGCAAGAGCUAUAUUGAAGGAUCCAAGAAUAUUACUACUAGACGAAGCCACUAGUGCUCUUGAUGUCGAAUCUGAACAAAUUGUGCAGGAGGCAAUUGAUAGAAUUAUGUUGAACCGAACUACAAUCAUGGUUGCUCAUAGAUUGAGUACAAUAAGGAAAGCAGAUACCAUAGCAGUUAUUAAUCAAGGCUCCAUUGUUGAAAAAGGCUCACAUUCUGAACUCGUGGACAAUCCAAAUGGAGCUUACAGCAAACUGAUAAAACUACAGAAUAUGAACCAAUUCUCUGAGAAGACAUCUUUAUUUGAAGAAGCAAGGCUUACGAGUCAGCGCACGUCAUUCAAAAGCAAUAAAAGUAAUGAAUCGCCAAUGAGGCAAAGCAGCCAACAUUUCCCAUUCAAUAUAGGCCUUAAUGAAUUAUCUCAAACACAUAGCCGCCGCUGCCAUUCCUUCAAAUUAGAACUAGAAGAAUCAUCCCCGGAUCUGGGAAACGGUAGCCGCCGCUACUCAUUCAAAAUAGGGCUUGGAGUUCCGAUAGAGAUUACAUCAGAGGCGCUCAAAACUACCAUUCCUGAUGAUAAAACAAAUAAGAUGUCACUCCACAGCCUUGCGUACCUAAACAAGCCGGAGAUUCCAGUGUUAUUGAUUGGUUCGGUAGCUGCAAUAAUCAAUGGAUUUGUCUUCCCAGCCAUAGGAAUAAUAUUUUCUAGUGCGAUAGUUACUCUCUAUAAGCCGCCGGAAGAGCUGAAGAAUGAUACUAAGUUUUGGUCAUUGAUGUUUUUGGUAAUUGCCAUUGUUGCCCUAAUCUCAACACAAGUGAGGUCAUAUUUCUUUGCAGUAGCUGGUUCCAAGUUGAUAAGGAGGAUCAGAAUGAUAAGCUUUGAGAAGGUUAUAAACAUGGAGAUGGCCUGGUUUGAUGAUCCUGAGAAUUCCAGUGGAGUGGUUGGUUCGAGAUUAUCGACCGAUGCAACUAAAGUUCGAAGUCUUGUGGGAGAUAAGCUCGGACUGAUUGUUCAGAAUGCCGCAUCUUUAAUUGUUGGCUUAACUAUUGCCUUCGCAGCCAGUUGGGAGACCUCACUAAUCAUAUUGGGAGUAGUCCCUUUAGUUGGUAUCAACGCAUGGAUUCAGAUAAAAUUCAUUACAGGAUUCAGCGAUGCGGAUAAGAUGUUUUUGGGAGCAAGCCAGUUGUCCAAUGAUGCCGUGGGAAACAUAAGGACAGUUGCCUCAUUCUCAGCUGAAGAAAAGGUAGUUGCACUGUACAAAAAGAAGUGCGAUGAACCUAUGAGAUUGGGAAUUAGACAAGCAGUUAUAAGUGGGAUUGGUUUUGGGAUUUCUCAGCUUUUCUUGUACAGUGCUUAUGCUGCCAUCUUAUAUUUUGGAGCUCGAUUGAUUCAGGAUGGCAAGUCCACAUUUGAGGAAGUCUUUCGGGCUUUCUACGUCCUGGUCAUAGCAACAGUAGGAAUAUUUCAAUCAACCUCACAAGGCCCAGAUUCCCGCAAAGCUAAAACUGCAACAGCUUCCAUUUUUGCUCUCAUUAACCGCGAAUCCAAAAUAAACCCAAGCAUUGCUUCGGGAAAAACCCUAGAAACCAUUGAGGGUAAUAUCAGAUUUAAUCAUGUCUGCUUCAAGUACCCUGCAAGGCCUGAUAUCCAGGUUUUUCAAAACAUGUGCUUAGAAGUUCAAGCAGGAAAGACCAUUGCAAUAGUAGGGGAAAGUGGUAGUGGUAAAUCAACAAUAAUAGCAUUGCUACAAAGAUUUUAUGAUCCCGAUGCAGGACAAAUAUCAGUAGAUGGAAUAGAACUUCAACAGUUUCAACUGAGAUGGUUGAGGCAGCAAAUGGGAUUGGUAAGCCAGGAACCAAUUUUGUUUAAUGACACCAUCCAUGCCAACAUUGCUUAUGGUAAUGAAGAUGGGAAGGCUACACAAGCUGAGAUCAUGGCUGCCGCUGAGUUAGCAAACGCACACAAGUUCAUAAGCAGCUUGCAGCAGGCUUACGACACAGUGGUGGGAGAACGAGGCGUUCAACUGUCAGGCGGACAAAAGCAAAGGAUAGCUAUCGCACGUGCCAUACUUAAGAAGCCAAAAAUUCUGCUUCUAGAUGAGGCGACCAGUGCUCUAGAUGCAGCAUCCGAGGAGGUCGUUCAAGCAGCAUUGGAUCAAAUUAUGAAUGAUCAAACAACAAUUAUUGUCACGCAUCGACUCACUUCAAUCAAGAAUAAUACUCUCAUUGCAGUUCUCAAAAAUGGGAGGAUUAUUGAAACAGGACAGCAUGGUGUACUUACCAAUAUCAAGGAUGGGGUGUAUGCCACAAUGAUGGCAGUCCACACAAAGGCCAAUUUAUAAGGUUUAAAUUUUUUUUUCUUAUUAUAUAAAAUUAAUUUUCCAAUAUUAUGAGAUUUUCGAACGAGAUAAUCAUGGAUGCAACCCCAUAAUGCAAAGUACCAUCAUUGCGAUUGUUUUUUUUUUGUCAUGGUAAGAAAGUUCAAAGAAGAAUAAAAAUUUCACUAGUUGGUUGAUCCUUGCAAGAAGUUUCUAAAAAUUGGUGCAAUUUCUCUUUUAAGCCUCGAGUUACUCCUAGCUUGAUUUGUUUCCAUCAUCAUUCCACAUUGAUUUGGUGCAAAUUUGAAAAAAAUCGGGUACUUCAUUUCAUAUUUAUUUUUAUCUUUGAAAAACAUCAAAAAUGUGUCUUAGUAUGUAUUUUCCGUGUAAAGGGAAAAUAUCAUCAUUAUGUCCUUGUUGGAAUAUUUUUAUAAAUUCAUAUUCGUAAAAGGUGCAACAAAUGGAUGUGAUGUAAGUGAAUAAGUUAUGAUAUAAAUACGGAAGGAU